AUGUCUGGCUCAAAUGUUAUGACCAAGAAGAUGGCAUUUGAGAUUGCAAUGCUCAUCGCGUCUCAAGUAGCAGCGUACUAUACUGUAAAAUGGAUAAUGGAAUCUAUGGGUCCUGGUGGCGAGCGCAAAUCAGCCAAGGCGAGAAAUGGAGAUAUUCUGAAGCGCCUCGGGCACAAGGACUUGAAACUAACAGAAUAUGAAGAGGCUAUUGCUGCAGAAGUCAUCCACCCUGAUGACAUUGACGUCCGGUUUAGUGACAUAGGAGGACUAGACUCGAUCGUCUCUUCCUUACGCGAAUCCGUAAUAUACCCUCUCGUUUAUCCCUCACUGUUUUCCUCGUCUUCGUCGCUACUCAGCGCACCGAAAGGUGUGCUCCUUUACGGCCCGCCCGGUUGUGGAAAGACGAUGCUAGCCCGGGCACUCGCCAAAGAAAGCAACGCAACUUUCAUAAACAUCGCCGUCUCCUCACUUACCAACAAAUGGUACGGCGAAUCUAACAAGCUGAUCGCCGGAUUGUUCGGUCUCGCUCGAAAAGUACAACCAAGUAUCAUAUUCAUCGACGAAAUUGAUUCAUUUUUGCGAACGCGGAGUCAAGGUGAUCAUGAAGUGACAGCCAUGAUGAAGGCGGAGUUCAUGACCCUAUGGGAUGGUCUACUAUCUGCCUCGGACCGAAUACUCGUUCUCGGCGCAACGAACCGACCAGCCGACAUUGACGCAGCAAUUCUUCGGCGAAUGCCAAAGCGAUACCCCGUUGGCUUACCAGACAAGCAACAACGAUUAAAUAUUCUUAAUCUUAUGCUCAAGGGAGCAGAGCUAGCACCGAACUUCCCCUUAAACCUCCUCGCCGAGCAAACAGCCGGUCUCUCCGGUUCGGAUCUCAAAGAGCUCUGUCGAGAAGCAGCGAUGAUCCCUGUACGCGAGUUCCUGAAAGCGGCAGGUGGCGAUCGAGAAGUGCUGGAGCAGAGUCGAGAAGAAGGUUUCUCAUACCGACCAUUAGAAAUCACGGAUUUCUUCGCGAAAGACGGGAGCGGCGCCGCAACACCAAUACCAGCAUUAGCGAAUGGACAUGUAAAUGGGACAGACGACGGGCUUAAUCUUCCUAUAUCGGAUUAGGAUAGCCUUAGUCGUUCUCCUUUUUUCAUUCAUCAGAGUCCUUUCUAUUUGCGAGUGCACUGACCAUGCUCGCAUUUCUUUCAUAUUGACAAACUAAUAUAUUGCCUUGUCCAUUCUCUUGGAACCUUCGUUUCACAUACACACUCAUAAUACAUUCUCGACAUUAGCUUCUAACUAGAGCACACAGAAUUGUAUCGCUUUCUUUGCCAGCUAUCUUACAUGUACUCGUGUUAACAG